UGUGAGGUUACUGGCAGCCAGUAGCUUCCCAGCUAGCAUGUAACCGACGACGCCAUUUCAUAACUUGGGUCCUGUGGAUGUUGGGUUGCGACUGAGUAAAAGACAGCGCCUGUGCUUUUAAACGCCCAGCCCUCUGCCCCGUUGCCGCUAACGCAGAACCAAAAACGCGCCGGCGGCACCAUGGUGAAGAUAUUCAUCGGCAACCUGUCCCAGGACACCACGGCGGAGGAGCUGCGCUCUCUCUUCUCCCAGUACGGCAAGAUCUCCGAGUGCGACAUCGUCAAGAACUUCGGCUUCGUGCACAUGGACGACAAGGCGGAGGCCGAGGAGGCCAUCCGCAACCUGCACCACUACGAGCUCAACGGCCUGGCCAUGAACGUGGAGCUCAGCCGCAGCAAGUCCAAGGCCUCCACCAAGCUCCACGUGGGCAACAUCAACAGCAGCUGCACCAACCAGGAGCUGCGGGCCAAGUUCGAGGAGUACGGGCCGGUGGUGGAGUGCGACAUCGUCAAGGACUACGCCUUUGUGCACAUGGAGCGCGUGGAGGACGCGAUGGAGGCCAUCAGCGGCCUGGAUAAUACGGCCUUCCAAGGCAAACUGAUGAGCGUGAAGCUUUCGACUAGCCGCCUGCGUACCGCUCCGGGGAUGGGAGAGAGAACGGGGUGUUAUCGGUGCGGGCAGGAGGGCCACUGGUCCAAAGAGUGCCCGCUGGACCAGAACGGAUCGUACGGAGAGGGUCCCAUGGGCCCGGGCGCCAACGGAUUCGGGCCCUCCAGGUUCGGCGGCGGUAGUCGCGGCCGCGGUUUCCCGCGGGGCUUCUCUGGGGACCCAGGCUUCGCUAGCGGCUACGCCCCCGUCCAGGCCCUCGGCAGGGGGGCCGGCUACGGCGGGCCGGGGUACGGCAGGGGCGUGGGGUUCGAGGGCGCGGUGACUUACGGGGUGCCCCCGGGCUACGGCCUGGCGGCGGAGCAUAGCAUGGCCCGCGCGUACGGGGGCGAGGCGGCUUUCGGGAGCGGAGGCGCGGCGAGCUACGGGGCGGUACCAGCCUACCCGGCGCGGCGUUCGGCCUACGACGAGCGGGACCCGUACGGCGUGGUGGACUUCUACGAGAAGUACCGGGCGCGCCCCUACGCCACCGGUUAUUUCGACGAUCGGCGCACCGUCCCCCUGCCCCCGCCGCCUCCUCCUCCGUCCACGUCGGCGAUCAUGAGGGAGCGUCUGUCGUCCGCCGCCGCUCUCGACCCUUACGAGCGGCGACCCCUCCCUCCUCCCCCGCCGACCCCCGGCCCGUCGUACUACCCCCGGGACCGGAGCCCCAUACGGCGAAUCCCGGCCGAGGGGGAGGGGUACUCGUACGAGCGCUCGCGUCUCUCCCCGGUGUCCUCCCUCUCCAGGAGCUCCACGUACGACAUGUCGCGGGCCAGGGACCCCUACGCCGACCGGGCACGCUACGGUUACUAACACACCCCCCUUCCACUCUGCCAGGUGAGCCUGCGACAGGACCUCUGACGGGUGAGGGGGUGCACUCCUGAUUUAGCUCGCAAGGAGUUAGCACUUGACUUCGCCAGAUAAGCUAAUGACCUUCAAACCAUUGAGGUCAGAUCCCCCGUUAUUCAAUUGCCAUUGAUGGUCUUUCAUAUAAUUUGAACUCUUUGGGUAAUUCAGAUAGCCUGUUGAUCAUUGGAGCUCAAAGAUCGGUUAGAUCUCAAAUAACGUAAAUAAUUCAGGAAUGUAACAGUCGAGCAUGACCUUCGGGUAGCGCUGGAUAAGCGCCCUGUAGCUACUCAUCAAACGCAUGCCAGUUGUCGUCAAUGACAGGUGUGCUUCUCAGAUGAUAGCGGCUAGCGUGUAGAAUAUAAAUAGUCACUGGCUUGCAGGCAAGUCCCAGGAGUGCAGUCUCUUCAGCUGCUAUAUUUUAAAUGUGGGUGGAUUAGCGGUUACUAACGAAAAGUUGGGGAAACGAAUGGGAGAAGUAAUUGGAGCGAUAAAGAAAUAGAGUAUUGUAUCGCAGGCUUUGAGAAAGAGGAUGGAUGCAUGGCACUUCUAGCCGGGGUCUGCGCUGGACGCUGAAAAUGAUGAUGUUGUCUCUUUACAGGUUGCACCGCCACCGUGUUCCUCACAAGCGCGCGCUCAGUCGAGAUCUCGUUUCGGCUCGCCGCGUUUCGCCGUCCACGCGGUCGGGAGACAGCGGUAUCGCGGAUGCAGUGUUAUUAGAACAACAUCUUGUCUCAACGUGCAUCAGCUGAACGCCAAUUUUUAUUUUUGGUUUUGUCUUGAUCUUCCAAAAUGUGGCAGGGUUGCAUGAUUAUUUUUUGCCGUUUUAUAUUUUUUGACUUUUUAAAUUGUGAGUGCAGAUGUUUUAUUAUCACUUCAGUAUUUGAAAAGGGUUUUGGUGAAGACAGCUUUAUUGUCAGUGUUCAAUUUUCCUUAGCGCGGUUUCCCCCAGCGUGUCAUCAGCCUGUCCCUGUUUGUUGUUCCAGAUGGAAAUUUCCUUGCUCACGGCGAUGUAACGAUGCUUUCUUGGAUAAAGUCCAAUGUCUUUUUUUAUUGUGUAUGCAAAGUUCCUUGCAGGACUUAAUAAUUCAGAACUAAAAGCACACACGUCCAUUAAUAAGCAUGUGUAAAUAGAAAACCUGUUAAGAAUUCAGAAAGAAUUGAUACACUGGAAUUCUAAUAAUUUUUUUAUGAGGAGAUUUGUUUGUCUAGUGCUGCUGUGGGGGAGAAAAAUUGUAACCUUUUAAGUGGUACUAAGUGGUAUUGUACCAUGUUUUCUAAAAAAAACCCAAAAAAAACAGCAUUUGGUUGCUGUACAGGCAGUAUUUGAAAUGUGCAUAAUUCUAGCUUGACUUUAUCAAGGCAAAGUUUUCACAUACAUUUAAUAAGUUUCAGAUGACUAAAGUUGGAUGAUAGAGCUCAUGUUUGAGACAUUGGUCUUUUAGUGAUUUAAAAGCUGAAACAAUGCAGUCAUAAUUUUGCUCCAAUACGGAAAAUUUGUCUUCACAACAAUUGUGUUAGUGAAUGGUAUACAUUAGCCAAACCUGUUGACAAGUAACUGGCGUACAAGUAUGUUGUCUGACCAAACUAAUGAUGUUGCUUGCUCAGCAAAACAAAGAUUGACUGACUGUUGCUCUUGCAGGUGAUGUAAAUAUCGAAGCAAAAUUCACCCGAUAUUUCCCAUACCCUGUUCUGUUUUCAAGUACGCAAUUAAGUUGCCUAUUUGAGAACAACAUACCUAUAUCAUGAGUAGUAUUUCUGUAAGUCUCUCUCUCUUCAAUAAAACAAUUGUCUACAGUGACUGGA